CGCCCGCCGGCUUGGGGCCGGGGGGCGGGAGGAGGACGUCAGCACGUCAGCCGGGGUUUUGCGUUUUGAUUGACAGUUGCUAUAGCGACCGGGUCGGUCCGUCGCCAUUUUGUUGGUUGGUUUUUUUUUAAACCCUUUCGCUUCCCGCCCGAAUAAUAAUAAAAAGCCCCAUUGGAGUGAGGCGGGGGUGGCGGCGGCAAGAGCGGCGGGGGGAUCCGGGGAGACUGCUGCCGUCGCUGCUGCUGAUCGCGGCCCGGGACGGGCUCAGGGAGCGGACACCCCGAGCGGGGGGUGCGGGCGCCGCCGCCGCCGCCGCUUCUGCUGCUGUUCCUGCUGCUGCUGUUGGUGCCGCUGCCGCCGCCGGCGAGCGGGCGGGACCGGUGUGAGUGUGAGAGAGUGUGUAUGUGAGUGAGCGUGUGCGAGGACGAGUGUGCGUGCGUGUGUGUGUGAGUGUGUGUGUCUGUCUGUCUGUGCGGGGACUCGGGGGCGGGCGGUUCGGGCUCUCCUGGCGGAGGAGCCGCCGCCGCCGCCGCCGCCGCUCGGGCCCCGGCGCUUCUCGCUGCGCAGGUUUGGAGCGCGCGCCAUUUUGUGAGAUUUACAAAAUCCUCCUCGGGAAGAAGCCACCGGCAGCGGCCGCGACUCGGCGCCCGGCCUCGCCGCCGCCGCCCUCCGCGCCGGCCCGGGCCUCGCGGCCCCGCCGCCGGGAGUCGGGGUCCGGGGACUGCGGUAUUUGCCGGGGAGGGUGCUGUCGCCUCCCCGGCCCCGGGCGCCGCUGGAACCGCGAGCCGGAGAGAGACUGAGGAGGCUGCGGCUCGGCCGCGGAGCCGGGAGCGCCGGGGGCGGAGAGAGGAGGCCGGGGCGGCGCUGGCUGCGGAGGCCGCGGCGAGAGCGCAGCGGCGAGAGCCCGAGGCAGAGACUCACCGGAGGGAACGGCGCGAGCGCCCCGCCAUCGUCCCGUGUUAUAGUUUUGCUGCUGGACUCUUCCCUCCCUUCCCCCACCCCAUCAGGAUGAUAUGAGACUUGAAAGAAGACGAUGCAUACAGGAACAGUUGCUCAGCACUGUCAGCUCCCGGAUUGCUCCUUGGGCACUAUACUGCACAUUGGCUAUACCAAGUAGAUGCUCACUUUCGCCUGAGGUGCAGGUUCAGGGAUGCUAGAAAGGACAUUGAAGUAUGCUUUGACUGACUGUCUUUCAAAAGCCACAGCUUAAUAAUCGAUUUUUACUGAACAGCAAACCAAAGUUAAACUUCAAUAUAUCUCUGGAGGAGAGACUUCAGCAUGCAAACCUUCAUCUGUUCGGCUUGCACCGUCAUUUUCAUUCCAUGCUGCUGGCCUUCAGAUGGCUGGACAGAUGCCCCAUUCACAUCAGUACAGUGACCGUCGCCAGCCAAACAUAAGUGACCAACAGGUUUCUGCCUUAUCUUAUUCUGACCAGAUUCAGCAGCCUCUAACUAACCAGGUGAUGCCUGAUAUUGUCAUGUUACAGAGGCGGAUGCCCCAAACCUUCCGUGAUCCAGCUACUGCUCCCCUGAGAAAACUUUCUGUUGACUUGAUCAAAACAUAUAAGCAUAUUAAUGAGGUUUACUAUGCAAAAAAGAAGCGAAGACACCAGCAGGGCCAGGGAGACGAUUCUAGUCAUAAGAAGGAGCGGAAGGUUUACAAUGAUGGUUAUGAUGAUGAUAACUAUGAUUAUAUUGUAAAAAACGGAGAAAAGUGGAUGGAUCGUUACGAAAUUGACUCCUUGAUAGGCAAAGGUUCCUUUGGACAGGUUGUAAAGGCGUAUGAUCGUGUGGAGCAAGAAUGGGUCGCCAUUAAAAUAAUAAAGAACAAGAAGGCUUUUCUGAAUCAAGCCCAGAUAGAAGUGCGACUUCUUGAGCUCAUGAACAAACAUGACACUGAAAUGAAAUACUACAUAGUGCAUUUAAAACGCCACUUUAUGUUUCGAAACCACCUCUGUUUAGUUUUUGAAAUGCUGUCCUACAACCUCUAUGACUUGUUGAGGAACACCAAUUUUCGAGGUGUCUCUUUGAACCUAACACGAAAGUUUGCACAGCAAAUGUGCACUGCACUGCUUUUCCUUGCGACUCCAGAACUUAGUAUCAUUCACUGUGACCUAAAACCUGAGAAUAUCCUUCUUUGUAACCCCAAACGCAGUGCAAUCAAGAUUGUUGACUUUGGCAGUUCUUGUCAGCUGGGGCAGAGGAUAUACCAAUAUAUUCAGAGUCGCUUUUAUCGGUCUCCAGAGGUGCUACUGGGAAUGCCUUAUGACCUUGCUAUCGACAUGUGGUCCCUUGGGUGUAUUUUGGUUGAAAUGCACACUGGAGAACCUCUGUUCAGUGGAGCCAAUGAGGUAGAUCAGAUGAAUAAAAUAGUGGAAGUUCUGGGUAUUCCACCUGCUCAUAUUCUUGACCAAGCACCAAAAGCAAGAAAGUUCUUUGAGAAGUUGCCAGAUGGCACUUGGAACUUAAAGAAGACCAAAGAUGGAAAACGGGAGUAUAAACCACCAGGAACCCGCAAACUUCAUAAUAUUCUCGGAGUAGAAACAGGAGGACCUGGUGGGCGUCGUGCUGGGGAAUCGGGUCAUACAGUAGCUGACUACUUGAAGUUCAAAGACCUCAUUUUAAGGAUGCUUGAUUAUGACCCCAAAACUCGAAUUCAACCUUACUAUGCCCUGCAGCACAGUUUUUUCAAGAAAACAGCUGAUGAAGGUACAAACACAAGUAAUAGCGUAUCCACGAGUCCUGCCAUGGAGCAGUCACAGUCUUCGGGCACCACCUCCAGUACAUCUUCAAGCUCAGGUGGGUCAUCGGGGACUAGCAACAGUGGGAGAGCCAGGUCGGACCCAACGCACCAGCAUCGGCACAGCGGCGGGCACUUCACAGCUGCUGUCCAGGCCAUGGACUGUGAGACACACAGUCCCCAGGUGCGUCAGCAAUUUCCUGCUCCCAUUGGUUGGUCAGGCACUGAAGCUCCUACACAAGUCACUGUUGAAACUCAUCCUGUUCAAGAAACAACCUUUCAUGUAGCCCCUCAACAGAAUGCAUUGCAUCAUCACCAUGGAAACAGUUCCCAUCAUCAUCACCACCACCACCAUCACCACCACCACCAUGGACAACAAGCCUUGGGCAACCGGACCAGGCCAAGGGUCUACAAUUCUCCAACAAAUAGCUCCUCUACCCAGGAUUCUAUGGAGGUUGGCCAUAGUCACCACUCCAUGACAUCCCUGUCUUCCUCAACUACUUCUUCCUCUACAUCUUCCUCCUCUACUGGUAAUCAAGGCAAUCAAGCCUACCAGAAUCGCCCAGUGGCUGCUAAUACCUUGGACUUUGGACAGAAUGGAGCUAUGGACGUUAAUUUAACCGUCUACUCCAAUCCCCGCCAAGAGACUGGCAUAGCUGGACAUCCAACAUACCAAUUUUCUGCUAAUACAGGUCCUGCACAUUACAUGACUGAAGGACAUCUGACAAUGAGGCAAGGGGCUGAUAGAGAAGAGUCCCCCAUGACAGGAGUUUGUGUGCAACAGAGUCCUGUAGCUAGCUCGUGACUAAAUUGAAACUUGAGUUUGUUUCUUGUGUGUUUUUAUAGAAGUGGUGUUUUUUUCCAAAAAACAAAGUGCAAAGCUGCUUGAAUCAGAAGGAGAUUAACACACUGAACCGCUACAAGAGGGCAAAGCUGACUUUUUUUUUUUUUUUUAACUUGAAAAGAUUGCAAAGGGACAAUGAAGUUUUUAAAAGAGCCAUGUCCAAACCCAUCUUCACGGAUAGCUCAGAGGUGUCCUCUUUUUGCCUCCCCCAUUUUAACUCGCCACAUCCCAGUCAUAGUGGGGUUUUUGUCUUUCUAUUCCACAGAAGUUGUUGUUCAGAUGUUGGUCUUAAUCAUUUGCCAACUAAUUUUAAAAUAAAAGGCACUGCACAUAAUUUGCAUUUUAAAGGGCCCCAUGAGGGUGUUUUUCCUUCCAUUUUUGUUUUUCCUUUUUUCCUUCCCGUUUUUGUGUUGUUUUCAUUUUGUUUAGGGUGGGGGGUGGGAAAUUUGGGGUUUUAAGUCCUCUAAACACACUUGGGCACGGAAAUGCAGUACUGUAAGGAAGAGGGACCUCCAGCUCACACAAACAUCACCUUCAGCUGUAUGGAAGGGACGGUUGUAUUGGAGUUUGUAAGGCACAGUAAGCAUGCUAAGUGGCGGGAUCAGAACUCUCCUGUCUGAACCUACUGAGGAGCAAAGCAGCAAUUGCCUGGGAUCCUGUGGGUCUCCCGUUGUUGAGGCCACAGUGAGAUAGUAAUGGAACGUGACUGGUCUCCUAACCAAGGUGCACUGAGAAGCAAUCAACGGGUCAGUUGUGGCCAGUCCUGGGGAGGUCUGAGUGGUGGUCUUUGGGAUAACCUUUGGCCUUAUGGAUUUGGACUCGAAGUUAGAAGAGCCUACCAUUUCAGAUGCAAUCACUUUUGGACAUGCUUUUGCAGACAGUCCUUAAUGCUGAAAACACAGAGAAUGGGUAAUUCAAGAGGCCUUUCUUUUAAAAUAGACUUUUGUGACCCACUAAUUGUAAGGUAUUGCAAGGUCACUUUGCGUGUGUCAUAAAGUUGACUUCCUUAUUGGUUGAAGGUCACAGAAGUAGUGGUUUGCUUUGAUGGAAAUAGCUACAGCUGUGUCCCUUCCUGCUUUUUACUUUUUCUUUUGCUUUUUCUCGGCACGUGGUAUCUCCACCAUUUCUUCUGCACAAAGAUGUCUUCUGUUCAUCCUGAACAUUUUUAAAAAAAUGCAGAAUUUUAUGUGACUGCUUUUUUGCCUCACAAUUAUGCUGUGAAUUUUACAAAAAUUUAUUUUCUUUUUUGAUAAUUUAUUGUACCAAAGCUGUUUUUAUAGCACAUAGAUGUCUGUAACCAAUAAUGUAGCAGUUCUGCACUUUGACACAAGGUGUAACUAGACCAUUUUUAAAUGUCAGUUGAAAAUUAUGGCUGUACUAUUGCUUAAACAAAACUGGAACUGUUGUUGAAUCCAUAGCCAAUACAUUUACAGCAAUCUGUGUACUGAACAUAAUAGAUUGACAUCUAACUCAAGAUUACAACAGCUGUUACAUCCUAAAUGUGUUCAGGCUUCUGAAGGUAAAGGGACACUGGAUCCAGAAGCUGUGGAACCAGCAGUUGAUUCUUGUAUUCCUGAUUAACCUACUUGUAAACUUGAAAGCAAGACCUUGAUUGCACCAACAGGUCCAAACUAUGAGCACGAGUAAAGCAAAACUUCCAUGCAUGACCCGGAAGGGAACAGGCUGGUGUCUAACAGGUGCCUAGUUUUGAGAUUGUGCUGCCUUAAUGUAACACAGUCUGGCAGUUGCUAAAUUUGUGUUCCCAUUUUAAUUUGACCAAUGUUAUGGUGUUAAACUUUUGAGCGGUUGAGUUGGGAGAAUGAAGAUUAAGGAAUUUACCUGUCCGGGAUCAAAGAAGCCUAGAAAAGAAGCAGUAAUCUACCUCUGCCGAUAACCCUGUUCAAAACAACUCAGCAGAAACACCACAUUAGUUUUUAUUGGUCAAUUCCAUGUGGCUGACUAGAUCAAUUUUUUCUGAACAAGAGCAGGUUUUUAUAUGUAAUCAGUCAGUGACAAAAGAAAAAAGGCUUAAAAUCAUGUGAAUGGAAACUUGGGAAUAUCAGUUUUUAUAAACCACAAAAUUUUUUUUUGUUGUUAAUCAGGAAAUCCAUUUUUAUUUUGUAAUUAAAUGUCAAGCCUGUGGAUGGAUUUUUGAACUCGGUAGUUCAUAAAGUUUACAGUGAAUAAAAGGACAUCAUCUUGAGUCUAGCAAUAUCAAAAGGAAUUCAGUAGUUACUGCUGUUUAGGAAUAUAAGGUGAAGAUACAUGGGUCAGAUCAUUUUCUGUGCUGGUUGCCACAUCUUAGCAAGCACCAAAAAACGAAAGCAGUUUUUAAACCGCUAUUUACAUAAAGGAAGUCAUAAAAUCCAAUGCUUCUGCAUACUGUGUUAUGUUACAGUCCAGUUUUGUGUGCUUUACUACACGGUUUGGUUACAGGACUUCUGUGCAUUGUAAACAUAAACAGCAUGGAAAAGGUUAAAUACCUGUGUGCAGAUUGUAAGAUCUGGUCCGGACUUGCUGUGUAUAUUGUAACGUUAAAUGAAAAAGAACUCCCCUUUGUAUUAUAGUCAUGCGGUCUUAUGUAUGAUAAACAGUUGAAUAAUUUGUC